AUGCUCGGCUUCUUCCUCUCCAAUGACACCGCACCGAAACGUAUGCCUCGCUUCGUCCCCACCACAUCGGCACCCGCCUUGUUCCAACCGCCGCCGUUCGAUUACAACCGCAUGUGGACGCUCGACUGCCGCCAUGGGCGGGUCCUCUGCAGGGCACCGAGAAACGCAGAUAAACUCCUUGUCUGGGACCCCAUCACAGGAGACUGCCAGAGGCUGCCCUGGAACCAAAUCGCCGUCUAUCAUCAGAGCUCCUCCGCGGUUCUGUGCGCCGUGAGUAGCUGCAAUCACCACGAUUGCCACCGUGGCCCCUUCCUCGUUGUCUCCGUGGGCUCUGGCUUUCUCCGUUUAAAUGGUCGCCUACGGUGGCCGCAUGAAGACGUGGGCGUGUGUGUACUCUUCCAAGACUGGGGCAUGGGGGGCACCAAUCUAUCUGGACACAGGAAUGGGGAUGUUGUUUGCACCAACACCAAGACUGGUAUUCUUAUUGGAGAUGAACUCUACUUCAACAUUGCCGAGGAGGCCGGUACCUUUGCAUUGGACCUCAGGUCAGGUCUCAAGAAGAGGAUAACUGAGCUUGUGACCGAAUUCACCAUCUUCCCAUUCAUGAGCUUCUACACUCCAGAUUGUGCUACCAGGAAACUGCAAUUGCCAGCAGACAAAUUAAUCACUGUCAAGCUGCAAUAUUGA